AUGCGCUCACCCAUCUCCCUCUCACUCCCAACCCUCCUCGCCCUCCUCGCCACCGCCAGCCACGCCCUCCCAAGAUCAACAUCCCCCAAUACCUUAACAAAACGCCUGACCCUCUCCUGCAACGACAACGGCGGCCGCUACCGCCCCGUAGCCGAAGCCCAGGCCUGCGUCGACUACCUCUUCGCCAAGGCCAGCGACGAGUGCGUCGUGAGCGGCGAGAAUACCGUCUUCUGUCAGGCGGGCGAUACAGUCAUUACGGGGAGUAAUGUUGGUGAAGGGGGUGAUAGUUCGCCUUGCCGCGAUGUUGCGUAUGCCGCGCAGAGGGUUAUUGAUAGCUGUACGACGCCCGAGGGGUAUGUUGGAGGGUAUGACGCUGCGACUGGGAACGAGGCGCUUAUUGUUUCGAUUAACCACCGGUAG